AUAGUUUGAAUAUAAACUUUAAUUAUAAACAUAUUUAAGCUCGACCAUUUGAAUAUUCACCUUUUUAUGCUCCAUUUAUAUAGCUGUAAUAAACAAUUUUUUCAGGAAUACUAUAUGCACAAAAGAGGUCACGGCCUUAAUCCCACCGGUAAACUUCAUGAUAAGGCAGUUAACGCUAGAAUCAAACUGAAAAGUUUCAAAAGGAAACUCGUGAGUGAGAACAAGGAUCAUGACACAACAGAAAUUGAUCCCGAGUUAAAUGAAGCGGAUAUUCCCUAUAACUCUGAAAUUGAAGAAACUAUUGCUUGGCUCAAACACAACAAUGAACCAUGGUCGGAAGUUCAAAAAAGAUGGAAGAAAGUAGCGAGGCAAAGACAUCGAGAUAUUCAAAAUAAUUCCUUAAAUAUCUUCUCAGAGUGGCCACUCUUCAAACAUUCUCUUGGACAUACACUUGUUGAAAUUGACUAUGAAAUUUUGAAACCCAACAAUCGAUCGCAACUAUUUCAGCUCUGGCCUUCAUUUACUGCAAGGAUUGUUCCACUUUUACAACAAAAACUAAAGGAUAAAGCAUCGUUGGCAUUUUUAAAGAAUUUUGAAAAUAUUGAUGCAAAUUCUCGUGAUUUUUUUAUUCUCUCUUCAAUCCAUGUCCUUUUAAAACCACCAAUAAUAUCUGUUGGAAAAAAUGAAUCAAAGAAAUCAAAAUGGAAACCAUCAAUUAAGGAUGCCCAGGACUCCUGUUUUUUAUAUUGCUCUUCGAUUCUUGAUUAUACGGUCAAAGUAGAAAAUUUACGCCAAAAAUACCACACGAAGGGACUAACAUUGCAACCGAUCAUUAUAGUAAUAGGUAAAGAAAAAAAAGAACUUGAAUAUUUUUACAGUUACUAUGAUGACGUUUUGUACAAAUUUUCUACAUUGCUUAAAUGCUUAGAUUCAACAUUUAAACUUUUUCAUGUAUUAAAUUUUAAUUAUCCGAAAGAGGGUAAGCAAUUGUAUUUAUUUCUUGAAAGCUUUUUUUACAAUUUUGCUUGCCAACCAAAUGCUAAUAUAAAUAGCCUUACAUGUAGUUUGCGUCAGUAAAAAAAACUUGUUUGUAACAGAAUGCAAAGUUAUUUAAUUCUUUAUUAGUUUUAUUAUUAAAAGACAGUA